AUGAGGCAACGUAAUAGGAUAUCUUGCAUUCAUGAUUAUAAUGGGAAUUGUCUGUCUGAUGAGGGUGAAAUUGCUUCUAAGGCUGUUAAAUUUUUUAAGUCCUUGCUUUCUGCUGAUAUAGUGGAUUCAGAUAGAAACUUUGUUAAUUCAAUUCCUCCUCUUGUUAAGGAGGAAGAUAAUAAGAUUCGUAUGGCUCCUUUUACAAGUCUUGAGUUAAGAGAGGUGGUCUUUUCCAUGUCCCCGGAGAAGGCUCUGGGGUCUGAUGGGUUCAUUGCUUUGUUUUUUCAAAAAUGUUGGGAUUUUGUGGAGAAUGAUGUCCUAUUAGUUCUUGAGGAGUCUAGGCAUAAUAGAACCAUACCGAAAGAGCUUAAUACAACUCUUAUUUCUAUUAUCCCUAAGAUGGAGAAUCCUAAUUCUUUUUCUGAUUUUUGA